GCAUGGCGUAUUCCCAACUCUGCUUAGCAAUUUCCGUCCAAUUGUCCAUAAGCUAAACCCAUAGCAAUUUUCAGUGUAAUUUCACUUCAUCUUUAAAAUAGCUUUCAUAUUCGAUUCCUGAUUCGCUUCAUCUAUUUCUUCGAAAUCUGUGCGUUGUUUCUAUUUUGGGUUCUGGUUGCUAUCUGUGCUGGUGAACCCCAAAUUGAAACUCACCAUCGAUUCCUCUAUUCCAUGUUCCUUGCUGAAUCUAAACGAAUCAAAAUGAGAAAUUCAGCUAUGGGGAAACAAGAUAUGCAGAACCUGUUGCAGAUGGGGAAAAUCGCAAUCCAUUGGUGCGAAUGGGUACCUGGGGAUGAAAGCUUGCACUUUGCUCCACCAACAUGCUUCCAACAUCGCAUCCAACAACCUGGGCUGCGGAACCUAACAACAACAUUAAAUGGACUCAUGUAUCCUCCACAAGAAACAAUCUUGCUUGAGCUGGUUAAGAUAACAUGCCGCGGGUAAGCUCUCCCUCCGAGUAUUUAAUGCAGCUGCAAGCCUAGUGAUCAAACUCGAGACAUUUGGUUCAGUUAGACCAACUGGCUGAUCCACCCACUCAGUGGAAAGUUUACAAGAAGGGCCACAUUCUAAUCAAAUAGUUAAUGUUGCUCGGGUAGCAUUUUAUCUAUUGAAGUGCUAAAACUCUGCAUUGAAAUACUUAAUACCUGCUUUUAUCCAUUACAUCCCAUAUUAUAGAACAUAAGAAACUGGAUUUCACAACUUCUGUCAGCCUUGUGACCUGGCAGACAGAGAAAUGGAGCAGAACAAAAUACUGUCUUAUGCCUGACAUAAACAGUUAUGAAAAAUUGCACAAGUUUCUUUUCUUAUUCUUAUCUAAGAUUGGGUUAUAAAAACACAUCUAAUAGAAUAUCUACACAAGGAAGCUUACAAUUAAUGAUGGAUUAGACAAUGAAUAAGUGAAACACAUUUUGGCAAGUGUGGCUUAGCACAAACGAGGGCCAAGUCUCCCCGUCUGUUAUUUUGACUUGAUACAAGCUUUUUUGCUGUUUCACGAUAUAAUAAUAUUAUUUGCUUUUGUGGAUUUUACCAAUACAAAUCCUUUUAAUUGCAAUUAUUUUACAAGAAAUAAUAUUUAAAAUGAAAGCAGAAGCACUUGUCAAUAUAAAUACAAUGUAACCCUACCCUAGCCUUGUACAAUUCGGGAAUCCCCAAAUUCAUAUCACUCGUUCACUACUACUGGUAAACACCUAGCUGCCGAAGACUGCAUGCAGUCUAAAUUCGUUGCCCGAUAUCCUGCUCUUGAGGACGUGGAAUAUCUAAUUUGUUUUUCAAAGACCUGAAAGGGAAGAACAUUUUCUCGAUUUCCGCUGGCAUUUCAUAGUAGAUUAUUUUCUUCUGCAGUGAUCACUGCUCAAAGAUCUGCUACAGCAAGAAUCUAGGGCAAAGAUCUCAUUCCAAAUUGAAGGUAUCUUUUCUUUUCGGUAAUAAUUUAUGCUAUGGUUGUGAGUCUAUAUGGCAGAUGAUUACCUCUACCCUUGCUGAGGAAAGUGUUCAGAUCUCCUCAAUUAAAGUGUGGAUUGCCUGAAUGGCAAGUGCAAUUUUGCAUGCAGAUAUUUUGGCAUCAUAAAUUGUCAGAACUUCCAAUGGCUGGUACAAACAGCAUGAGGCAUCGCAAACAAGAUGUAAACUAUGCAGAUCGAAGCAAUCAUGAAAGUGAUGAACACAGUUCUGAUCCAGAUUAUUCAAGGGGUAUGCGUCAAGGAGGACGAAAAAAAAGAAAGAGCACAAGAGGUGGACAGGGUUUUGGAGGUGCAAAAACAAGAUCAUCCUCUCAAAGAGCAAUGCAGAGCUCAGGUGCAGAUUUGAAUGCAAGAUAUGGACAUGGUAGACGAGGUGAAAAGACAACUGUAUCCACAACACUGGACAUGGAGACUCAAAUGGUGGAUUUAAUUAAUGUUCCAUUUGCUGAAAUGGUGGAACCAAGUUUAGAUUCAGUUGCAAGGCAUGGAGCGAGUCGUGGACAAGGUGGGAACUCAAGCUCUACAAGAGAAAUGGAGACUGAACUUGUGGAUUCAGGUGUGGUUGUGACUGAUAGAAACGCAGCACAGAGUCAUGGACAAGGUGGAAAAGGUCAUAGGCAUGGUGGGCAUGGUGGUGGACAGGGGGGACAAAGGUGUAGGCAUGGCACAAAGAGUCCUGGAUCUCAGCAAAGGGAAGCUGACGGGAAAAGAAACAAGGAAACUGGUAAUCCUGGACCAAGUUCAAUUGUGAAAAAAGGUCCAUCAUCAUCUGAAGGACAAGCUAUAAACGUGAGGAGAGGUUCACCUUUACCUCUACAAGCAAGGUCAUGUCAAAGAACCAUUCUGUCAUGGUUGAUCGAUCGUGAGGUUAUUAAAGAAUUUGAACAAGUGGACUAUUUUUAUGGGUCUGAGCAGGUACCAAACGCGACGGGAUUAAUUACCAGGGGUGGUAUAUUAUGCAACUGCUGCCAGAGGGAAAUAUCAGUAUGGACCUUUGAGAAGCAUGCUGGAAGUGAACUUGGAGAACCAUAUGAACAUAUGUACCUCCCUCGCAAAGAUGAAAAUACAUGCCUCCAGGACCUCCUGAUUACAGCUUGGCUUAAUGCAAACGAGAUUAAACUCCGAUGUCCGUUUUCGUAUGUGCCCAAAGAAAAUGCUGCUGAACAAAAUGAUGGUGCAUGUUCAAUCUGUGGAGAUGGGGGAGACUUGAUCUCCUGUGACACAUGUCCCUCCACAUAUCAUUCUUUAUGCAUAUCGAAGAGGGUGCCCCACAGUGGUUGGUUGUGUCCAUAUUGUAUAUGCAAAUACUGCAGGCGGGGGGAAGAGAGUAAGGAAUUAGUCACCUGCUCCCAAUGCGAUAAGAAAUUUCAUUGGGGGUGCUUGAAACAUUAUGAAAAAAAAUUCUCAGAAGAAACCCUAGGCCCUGGCUGUACAAGAUUAUACUGUGGGCCAGGCUGCCGACAGAUCUAUGAGAAACUGGAGAACUCAUUGCGAAUCAGAAAUGAUAUCUCUGAAAGCUACUCUUGGAGGGUUAUCCAUCCAAAAGCUGUUAUCUCUGCUUCUAGGAAUGCAUAUCUAGAAAAUAAUUUGAAGGUUGCAGUUACUUCGAAAUUAAUGGAUGAAGCUUUUGCGACAAUCAUUGAUAAAAAGACAGGCAUCGAUGUGGUGCAAAGUAUUGCUUAUAGUCGCGGAGCAAACCUCAGAAGGGUAGAUUUCAGUCGCUUUUAUACCUUUGUCCUGGAGAAAGACGAUGCGAUCUUAGCUGCUGCUUCCAUAAGGUUCCAUGGGAGAGGGAUGGCGGAAAUGCCCUUUAUUGCCACAGAUAAGGCGUACAGGUGCCAAGGAAUUUGCCGGUUGUUAAUGAAGGAAAUUGAAUCUUUCCUAUGCAGCCUUCAGGUCAAAACCUUGGUUAUUCCAUCUGUUCCUGAGAAUGUUGAAAUGUGGACGCAGAAGUUCAUUUUCAAUUUGGUCAAUGAGGUUAGCCGAGAGAUAAAGAAAGAAAUAUCCUCUCACAACAUCUUGACGUUCCCUCGAACUAUGAUUAUGUACAAAGAUUUGUGUGUGAGAACAUCAGAUGUUAUCCAAGGCGCAGACGAUCAAGUUGAAUCUCAGAAUGACGAGGAACCACUACUAGCACUUCAAACUGAAGUCCAUGAACCACAAAGGGAGCAGGCUGAGAGAUCACAUCUUGAUUUGAAUGUGGAACCUCUGCAGGACUGUUAAGGAAAUAACCAAAGUUAUGAUGAAAACUUCAGACAAUUUUCAACAUUUUAUCUUGAAUAUUUUUAAAUUAAUCCAUUACUGUAUAAAUUCUUGUUUGUUUAAAUUUCUAUUCACAGGUAUCAUGUCAUUGGAUUUUAUUUUCA